AUGCACGCCGUAGUUGAAGCAGUGGAAGGCUAUCGUCAUGAGAUGGAAGACGCUGUGCAAACCAUCGAAGCUUACAGUCAGCCUGCUCAGCAAAUGAUUGAAGAAACGAGAAACCAAGUCGAGCCGCAAACUCAACAGCUCAUCACGGCCGUUCAAGAUACGCAACAAAGACCGUUGUUGAGGUGUUUGCGUGGGCCACUGAUAUUCUUUGCCAACGCUGGUAUUGUUGUCGGCUCGUAUAUACUAGGUCCACUACUUUCGGCGUUUCUGGGAAAAUCUGGUGCUGCUCUUCUAGCAUUCCUUGCCAUUCCAGGUUAUGCUCAUUACUCCAUCACUAAGAACUCUGGUGGUGGAGACGAUGCUGCUAUCCGCUUCCAAGUGCUGUCGCUGGCAAGUGUGCAAGGUGUACUGAUGGGUUUCGUUAUCAACAGUUUGUAUCUCAGCAGUAUUCCAUUCGCUGUUCUCACUCCAGCGAUUACAGCUCUGUCAUUUCCGGUACUGUCUUCAAGGAUUUUGGCACUUCUUGCUGGUACAAUUGGUGCUGCAAUUAUUUUUAAUUUCGCUGUAGGAUUAGUAACUGGGAACCUAUCGUUCACCUACUUCCUGCUUUCGCUCACGUUCGGUGGCAUUGCCGCAGUUGUGAUGCAGCUCAUUUUCAAGAAUCUCCAUGAAGAGGCAAGAGGUUGUGUCUAUCAAAACGCUCUUAACUAUGGAUUCAUUAUUGCAAAAGGAACAUUCUUUCUUCUGUUUGGCUCCUAUAAACAAGAAGUAAACCACUAA